AAACAGAGGAAGUAUAUGAUUUGUGGUCAAAGUAGUCAGGGUUGUUUCCAUCCUCUUCAUAAUCUGUCGAUACAGAAUGAUCUGAUGAAGUUCUCGACGAAUCAUGAUUAUGUAUAUGUGUUUCCUGAUUGUCCUGAGAAGGUUUUGAAAGAAUACAGGGAGAAAAUAGUGGAAUGUGGGAAGUUGGCAGUCUACAAAAAUGACUCAAAAUUGCAGGAUUUGAAGAAAAAGUGUAAUGGAGUUGUUAUUGAAGUGCCUUACUAUGAUGAGGGUCAGACUAAAGGCAAAGUUAUGGAUAUGCUUGAAAGGGGAGUGUUGUUGAACUGGAAAGCCUAUAAUUGUACUGCCUGCUUAGAAACUGGAGGGCAUUGCGUGUUUGAUGAGCCUAAUAAUCAAUUCAAUUGUUUCUGUCCUGAUCGAACUCAUUCUCUUUUUUGUACUUCAUCGCAGCCUCCUAUUCAAGAACCUUGGAUUGCAAGAGUCAGUUCACUCUCAGUUGUAUUAGGUUCAUCACUUGGGGCUGUGGUUUUGGUCACUUUAAUCGUCAUCAUUAUUUGUGGAAAACGAAGACAACGAACAAAAAGAUUUACAGCUCUGUGGAAUAAAGGGACUGCAAUGAACCAAAAUGUGGAAGCUUUUCUAAAAAGCUAUGGAUCUUUAGCCCCAAAAAGAUACACCUAUAGAGAGAUAAGGAAAAUGACCAGUAAUUUCAAACACAAACUUGGUGAAGGAGGCUACGGUGCUGUUUACAAAGGAAACCAACAUGACAGUCGUUUGGUGGCCGUAAAGAAGUUAAAGAAGUUGGAAGGUGAUGGAGAUGAUUUUAUCAACGAGGUUGUAAGCAUGGGUAGAACUAAUCAUGUCAACAUUGUGACCCUCUUAGGCUUUUGUUUUGAAGGAAACAAACGAGCUCUUGUCUUUGAGUUCUUGCCCAACGGAUCUCUUGAAAAGUUUAUAUAUAGUUCAGCAAGUGGUCAGUCGUUGCCAUCAAAUACAUUAUACAGCAUUGCGGUUGGAAUUGCCAAGGGACUUGACUACUUGCAUAGAGGUUGUAAUACGCGAAUUUUACACUUUGACAUUAAGCCUCAUAAUAUACUUCUUGAUGAAGAGCUCCGUCCAAAGAUUUCAGACUUUGGUUUGGCUAGACUGUGUUGUCCAAAGGAAAGUUUGAUAUCAAUGUCAGAAGCAAGAGGGACAAUUGGUUACAUUGCCCCAGAAGUUUUCUGCAGAAAUUUUGGUGGCGUUUCUCAUAAAUCAGAUGUUUAUAGCUACGGAAUGAUGCUCCUAGACAUGGUAUGUGGUCGGAACAAUGUAGUUGCUGAAGCACAGCGUACUAGUGAUAUGUAUUUCCCUGAUUGGAUAUACCGUCGAUUGGAGCUCAGAGAUGAAAUUGAGAACGAUGGGAUAAUAGAAGAUGAUGAAGCGAAGCAAUUACAAAGAAAGAUGAUUUUGGUGGGCUUAUGGUGUAUACAAUCAUAUCCUUCAAAUCGACCACCAAUGAACAGAGUUCUAGAAAUGCUAGAAGGUCAACUUGAGUCACUACAAGUGCCACCAAAGCCACAUCUAUCAUCUCCUUCGAAUCCCAUUUUCAAUUCUUCCGAAAAUUCUUUGUUAAGUAUGGGAAACUAGAUUCUACAAGGGUUGCAACCUUGAACUAAAACUUAAUUUUACCAGCUGGGUGGUGUUGCUAAACUAGAAGCCAAGAUUAUCAUGAAUGCAUUUUA